AUGUCAACGCAGGCAUCAUCGCGUCCUUAUCGGUUAUACCCCGCAUAUUGUUUUAAAGCAUCACCUACAUACAAUACAUGGGUGAAGCUUACAGCUGCAGAUGUGCAGGCUCUUCGUUCUGAGAAGGAGUUCCAAGCGCAGCGCGGCCUGUACUUCCACCUCAACCACCCCAUCCGAUAUGUCCGCAUCGUCGGGGUCGUAGUAGCCAUCGACGAGAUCAAUCUCAGAUACACAGCUCUCACCAUCGAUGAUGGAAGCGGCGCGACCAUCGAGCUGAAGAUCGUGCGAAUACCCCCCGUUGAGCAGAACCCCGUAGACACGUCCUCGAACACAAAGGUCAGCAAUCUGAACAUCGUCAGCCGAUUGGGCAUCUUCGAAGUCGUAGUAGACGAUCAGCCACUAGAUAUAGGCUCUGUCGUCAAGGCAAAAUGCACGAUAUCAGAGUUCAGAGGCAACAAGCAGCUCGAACUGCAGCGCAUCUCAGUCAUCACGACGACUGACGAAGAAGCACGAGCAUGGGCCGAAACCGCUGCGUUUAAGCAGACGGUCCUGUCGCGCCCAUGGCAUAUCUCGUCAGCCGAGCACAAGCAGAUUAAGCACAAGAUAAAGUCAGAUGAGAAGAAGGAACGGGAAUAUGAAAGGCGCAAGGCGGAGUACGAGGUCAAGAAGGAGGAACAUAGACUGGCGAGGGAGGCAUAUUAUGCGCAAAGAGAAAAGAAGCUUGAGGCGCGACGCCGAAAGGAGGAGGUCAUGCUGAAUUCUGGUGCUUUGAUAUGA